AUGCCUGACAAGUGGAACCCCCUAACGGAUAUUCCCAACCUUAAGGGUAAAGUGGUUGUAGUAACUGGGGCAAGCUCAGGCAUUGGCCUGGCUUCUGUCAAGUACCUCGCACUUCAAGGUGCUACUGUGUACUUCACGGCAAGAAGCAAGGACAAAGCUGAACAAGCCUUGCAAACCAUCAGACUCAGCAACCCGGAAAUUGACCCGGAUCAGCUGGUUUGGCUGCCUCUCGAUUUGUCAGACCUGAAAAGUGUGAGGAGGGCAGUUGAAGAGUUGAAAGAAAAGCAAAACAAAGUGGACAUCUUGAGUAAGUUCGACCCUGCCUGUUUGAAAUCUAGCCAGCGACUAAUUCAAUGCCCUCGCAAAGUAAAUAAUGCUGGUGUUGCAACCGGGUCUUUAGAGACGGCAGGCCCUGGAUGGGAGUGGCACAUGGCUGUUUGCCAUGUCGGUCACUUCGUCUUCACCAACGGCAUUCUCCCGCUCCUCAAAAACGCCACGAAGGAAAAGCAUGCCGACGUUCGCAUCAUUACCAUUAGCUCAAACGUCAACUACGCCAUGUUCCCCUCGAAUUACGAAUUUACCUUUGAUUCGCCAAGCUUCUUGACUAAUCCUGUUCCUUACUAUCCGCUGCAUUGGCGACUCGCCAGUCGACACAUUUUCGUUGUCGAUAUGAUUCGUUAUGGAGCCUCCAAGAUUGCAAACCUCCUGUUUGCCCAAGAACUGCAGCGUUUAUUGGACGAGCAGAAUCUGCCCAUUCUAUCCAUCUCAGUUCACCCUGGCGGUGUAGAUAGCGAUGGGUGUAAAGAGAUCGGGGGGUCCAUAUUUUCACUCCUCCGGUCCACGACAUUCCUUACCGUGGACCAGGGAGCUGUGACACCACUCUUUGCGGCCACCGCCAAGGAGGUACGCGAGAAUGCUUCCAAAUUUAAGGGAAAAUACCUGGAGCCUUUCGGAGAGAUCCGCAACCCACACCCCGUUGCUAAAGACCAGAAGCAGAUUAGGGGAAUGUGGGAUAACACCACUAGCGAAGUGAACCGUUAUCUUGCCGAGAUCGGUCUGUCUCCUUUGGAAGCAUGGUGA